CGUGUCCAUUUCUAUGUCUAACUAGUUAGUCGCAAGCAAGGUCAGAGGUUGCACAUGACUCACGUGUUCAAGUUCAGUUAAAAUAAACGGAGUAAUACGUGGUAAAAUAAUAUUUUUAAUUGCAUAUUAGCUUGUGGGCGUUAAUAAAUCCUAGUGUAUUUAUUCUGAAAAAUAAUUUCUGUUCAAUAAAUUGUUGGUUUUUAUAUUUAAGAUCCCAGGAAUUGAUUAAUAAAUAAAUAAAAAUGUCUACCGGCGAAAGAUCUGCUGAAAAACAACGUGAAGAUUAUGAAGUACAAGUAGAGAUUGAAAAAAUUUUGGAUGUAUUAAUUUCAGGUGAUCAACUUACUCAAGCUAUGGAAGAUAAAUUUAUCGAGCUGAUUAAAACGAUCAUAUAUUCACGCCGGACCAUUAGCAAUGGGGCCGAAACACUCCAGGAAAAACUGUUCAAGUACUUAUCUUUAACUGAGAACAAUUUUUUGGAUCAAAUUCUUCUAUACGAAGCAAUUAAAAAUAAUAAUAAAAAUAAAGUCAAAGAUUUUUUGGAGAAGAAUUUCGAUAUCAAUAGCGCUGUGACUUAUAAUCAUAAUUAUUACGGUGGGUUGACUGCCUUGGGCGUCGCCGUGGAGUUGAAGUUAGAAGACAUCGUCCAGCUUCUAUUGGAUCACGAAAGCUGUGACAUUAAUGCCGCAGCAGAGUCCGUCUUGACGCCUCUUCAUGUUGCAGCACUAAGUAAUAAUCUGACAAUUGCAAAAAAAUUAAUUAGCAAAGGUGCAACGAUCGAUGUCUACUCCAAGUAUCAGCCGAUUUAUAACUCAUUAUUUUUUCGUUGGGCUUUUCUUCAAAAUUAUGUAUUUAAUGAGUCCAGUUAUUUUUAUGGAAUAGAUAUUGUAAACCUUACUAUGAAACAAAUGAAUGGUAUAACUGCUUUGCAAGCUGCCGUAAAAGCUGAUAAAUUGGAGAUGGUUCAUUUAUUACUAGACCAUGGUGCUGACAUCAAUGCUCAUUGUUUAGACCGAGGCGAAGGAUGCACGGCAUUGCAUUAUGCUAUAAAGAAUCGUAAUAGAACAAUGGUUAAUUUUUUACUGAGUAAGGGUGCUCGGGUUAAUGCCAGAUCAAACAAUGGAGAGACAGUUUUACAACUUGCUGUUACCCUCGAAGAAGGAAACAUUGUUCGCAGUUUGUGCUUUGCUGGCGCUGAUAUGAACUGCAGACGUGAUUUACUUGAUUAUGAAGAUAUGCCUCCGCUUCUUGAAGCUAUGAGCCGGAUGUGUGUACCUGCUAUGGUUGCCUUAAUUGUCUCGGGUGCGGACUUGAAUGCCAUAGGUGUACUUAAGUCAUCUUCAAAACUCAUGAAUUUUGUUCAUUUCUAUUCGCUACUGAAUAAUUUCUCACAAUUCCAGAACCAAAUGCGUUUUGACAUUGAAAAUGAUAUGAUUAAUUGGUCUCAGAUCUAUGAAAAAGUUUGGAAGCAUAUAAUGAAAUGCAAGGUUGCAGGAUUUGCUGCCAAUCCAACUUUUUUAAAUUUGGCUAACUCUCAUCAAAAUAUAUACGAGGGUUUUCUGUCUGAAUGCGAAGCUCAAGUAAAACAAAUGAAAGAAGAACAAAUUGAGGGUACUUGUGUUUGUUAUCACGAUUUGUUUUUUACAAAUGUUCCUCAGAUGGUGAUGUAUGCAAAUAAUAAGAAUAUCGAGGAAGCUAUGAAUCUUCCUGAUUUAAUUUCCAAGUUUCCGUUGUACGCGCAUAUGUUGAUGGAGUCUUUUGAUAAAGGACGCAAGCGUAAUCAGUUGCUUGUAAAAGUUCACGAGAAUUUGAAGGACAUUUUUAUUAAUUUGCCUGACGAUUGCGUGAGACAAAUUCUUAUAUAUCUAAGUAAUGAUGAUCUGUUGAUGUGUUUAGGAAAAAAAUGA